AUGAGUCUGCUACCACUACCACCGCCGCAGCCGGCUCUGAGUCUUCUUCGGCUGCUGUUAGCGAGGCUGCCACUACCACCACUGCCGCUGCCGGCUCUGAGUCUACUUCUGCUGCUGGUACUGACUCUGCCUCCGCCUCCGCCUCCGAGUCUACCUCUGCCGUCGGCAUUGAGUCUUCUUCUGCCGCUGGUUCUGAGUCUACUACCGCCGCUGUUAGCGACGCUGCCACUACCACCACAGCCGCUGCCGGCUAUGAGUCUACUUCUGCUGCUGGUACUGAGUCUGCCUCCGCCGCUGUCUCUGAGUCUUCCUCCACCGCUGUCGAUGACGCUGCCACUACUACUACUGCUGCUGCAUCCGAAUCUGAGUCAACUACAGCCCCUGUUUUACGAGGCCGUCACCACCACUACUGCCGCCGCUGGUACCGACUCUACCACUGAGCCCGCUGGUAGCGAGUCUACCACUGCCGCUGCUGAUAGCGAGUCUACUACUGUUUCUGUUGAUAGUGCGUCUACCACUGCCGCUACUGGUUCUGGGUCUACAACCGCCGCUGUUGACGAGGCUAUUACUACUACCACUGCUGGUGCCGAUAACGAGUCCACUACUGUCGCUACUGGUUCUGAGUCUACUACUGCUGCUGGUACUGAGUCUGCCUCCGCCGCUGUCUCUGAGUCUUCCUCCGCUGCUGUCGAUGACGCUGCCACUACUACUGCUGCUGCCGCCGGCUCUGAGUCAACUACAGCCCCUGUUGAUGAGGCUGCCACCACUACAACUGCCGCUGCUGGUACCGGCUCUACCACUGUACCUGCUGACAACGAGUCAACUUCUGCUUCCGCCAGCGAGUCUGUCGCUACCACUACUACUGCCGGAGCUGAGUCUACGUCUGCUACCGUUGGUGAUGGCUCUGCUACCACUACCACUGCCCCAGUUGAUACUGAGUCUACUUCCGCUCCUGUUAGUGAGUCCACCGCUGCUACUACCACUGCCACUGCCGGAACCGAGUCUGUCAUUACCACCACCACUGCAGCUGCUGGUACUGAGUCCACCUCGGCCGCCGCCAGCACUGAGUCAGCUUCCGACACCGUUAGCGAGUCUGUCACUGCCACCGCCACUGCCACUACAAGCGACUCUGCUACUACCACUGAUGCCUCAGUUGCAAGCGAGUCCGCCACUACCACCGAUGCCUCUGUCAGUGAGUCUCUUAUUACCACCACUACGGCUGCUGGUACCGAGUCUUCCUCCGCUCCUACAACCACCGAGGCCUCAGCUACUAGCUCUGGCACACCCGAUGAGACCACCUCUACCUCUUCUUCUGAGCCCACCCAAGCCUUUGUUGCCCGCGCUGAGCCUGCCCGCACAAAGUGUCUCAGCACUAGCAACUCCGUUGCCAACGGUGACUUUGACAACGGUGCUGCCGACUGGACCUUCUCUGGAAGUGCUACUGCUGUUGAUGAUAAGGGACAUGGUCCCAAGGCAUACACCAUCGGUUCCUACGGUGUUGGAUUCAUCGGACCCGCCACUGGCUCUUUCAGCCAGACCAUCAGUGACCUCGAAGUUGGUGAGAACUACUACCUCAGCUACGCCUACUACGUCGAUAGCGAUGCCAGUCUCCCCGACAACGAGUGCACAGUCAAGGUCACCUUCGACUCUGCCGAGGUUGAGACCUUUGAUCCCUUCUCGGAAUCCGAGGCUCGUGACGGAUUCCGCAACCGUGUCUUCCAGGUUGCUCCCGAUGCCGCGUCGAGCGACCUCUCGUUUGAGCUUAGCUGCAACAACAACCCUGACGCCUUCAACCUGAUGGUGGAUGACGUCUACCUUGUCCGUUGCGACGAGUAA